AUGGGGGAUCGAAUAGACCUAAGUGUCCUAGCAUCGGCUUUGCCACGUCGCCCGCUCCCCAUUCGACACGACGUCUAUCCGUUCAUCGAUCCACGCAAUUUCCUCGGAAAGUUAAAGGGAAAGGUAGUUGUGGUCACCGGAGCGGGCCGUGGUAUUGGACUUGAGAUUGCCAAAGCGUUCGCGUCAGCUGGUGCGUCAGUUGCAUACAUAUCGCGAACCGAGACGGAGCUUGAUAGGGCCUUCACAUUGCUUCGCGAGAGCUUUUCGGCGAAGGCAAUCGCUAUCGUUGCAGACGUGUCAGCCGAGGAUGCGCCAUCCACGAUCAUCGGUCAAGUCAACGAAGUCCUGCCCCAGAUGAUCAAGCGCAUGACAGGUACCAUCAUCUCACUGGGCAGUCGAAGCGCAAUUCGUACGGCGCCCUUCUCGACUGCACACAGCGCAUCAAAAGCCGCUCUACUUCGAUUCCACCAGAACGUAGAUUGCGAAAUCCGGCAGUACGGCAUUCACAGCUACUACGUUCAGCCUGGAGACGUGCCAACUUCAAUCGCCCCCGGCCAAGGGGUCAUCAAUCUCGAAACAGCGGCGAAAGUGCCCCAGCUUCAGCAUGUACUACAAAAUAGCAUUGGAGCAUCUACGGAGUCACCUAGGUUGGCAGCAUCCACAAUUGUAUGGCUGAGCGUCAGUGAAGAUGCACGGCUGUUGAGUGAAAAAUAUGUUAAUGCUGAGAAAGACUUGGAAGGCGUGAUUCUCGACGCUAAAAGGGCUGAUCUAGGAGAGAUUGUGAAGCGCAAUUUGUAUUCCAUUAAAUUAGAGGAACUCGACUUCAUUUGAGGAGAGGCGUGGUCCACCAUAGUAGCAAAACGCUGGGCGCCGCUCACUUGUUGUAUGAAAACACCAAAGCACGAACCUCGAUGGUUUCUCGUGGUGGCGCGUCUGGUCGCACGCCAUCCAGCUUGAAAGAUGUGUGGGGGCAGCCUGCUAGGUAUUAGCAUAAUGAGGUGACUUAAAGCGAUGGCACUAGAUUGACUUACA